AUGUCAUCAAUUUCCAUGCUCUAUUUUCUCUUACCAAAAACUCUUCAAAGUCCCCACAAGCCACAAACCCUCAUUAUCUCUUCUCUUCUUCUCUACACCACCCACCCUACCUAACUACCCCACCUUCAAAACUCUCAAAAAAAAAUAUCCUCCAUUUUUUCUUUCCAUUAUCAAAAAAACUAUGAAGAAACUUUAUAGAAAAGGCACAGUUCAUCCAUCUCCUCCUUUAAUUUCUGACCAUCUUUCAUUUUUACCAGUUGCUAUUCUCACUCUUGCUGCAGCUUUAUCUCAAGAAGAGAAAGAAGUCUUAGCUUAUCUCAUUUCUUGCUCUGCCGGUGAAGUUUCCGGCAAUCGGAGAACUACCCACAAGUCUAACACCACAAACCCACCUCCUGCAACUUCAAUCCCCGUCGCCGGCGAACUUUCCGGCGACUUUUCCGGUAAUCGGAGGAAUACCCACCAUAAGUCAGCAACACCCAACUCAGGUUCUGAAAACUCCGGUGGUGGUAGUGGUUCGAAAGGUUUUUCCGCCGCCGUACACGGCGGUGUUCACGGCGGCGUUGGAGGCGGUGCUGACCAUUUGAGUUCGUUUAACUGUUACUGUUUCAGCUGCUAUAUGAGUUAUUGGGUAAAAUGGGAUUCUUCACCAAAUCGACAACUUAUUCAUGAAAUUCUUGAUGCUUAUGAAGAUGGGUUGCAGAACAAAAAGGAAAAGAGCAAAAAGGAAAGAAGAAACAAAAAUGGGUCAUCUUUGAAGCAAAGUGGGUCAUCUUUGAACAAAAAGGGGUCAUCUAAUGGUGAUGUUGGGUCUUCUGUUGAGCUGAAAAAGUCAUCAACUGAGUUAUCUUUCAACAAAAAUGUGUCCGUGUCCGGGUCUGGUCAAUCUGACCCGGUGGAGGAAACUUCCGGCAAUCAUGGAGGCGGCGGUGAUGAAGAGGAAACCGGUGGAGGUGAAAGGGGCUCUGUGAGAAAGUUUGUGAGUUUUCUUGGUGAAAGGAUUUGGAGUGUUUGGACCUAAAAAAUAAAAGAAUUAUUUUUUUGGAAAUUAAUUUUCAAAAAAAUAUUUUAGGUUGUUUUUUUAUAUUUUAAUCUCCGUUUCCACUUUAAUCAUCUCAUAAUAGUUCAUCUCUUUUUUUUUCUUUUUCUUUUUCUGGUCUGUAAAAUACCCUUUUACUUCACAAUGUAAAAUAUUGGGUAGUAAUUUUGAAUCAUCACC